AUGGAUGAAAUAAAAGUGGCGAACUUAGGCCAAGCGGCUUCAGCCGCGUGCUCGAUGGCAACGAAUUUCUUGGCGCCAGUGAAAACCGAACGGCAGAUCUACGAGAAUUCGAUGCUCGAGGACGAUCCCAAUGCCAACUCGGUGGUACCGACUUCGCAAGAGGACAGAACCGUACCGAGAUGGGGUCCUAAUCACAAAGGCGCCCAAGAACUAGCGAAUCUAUACAGCACUGGAAAGAGAACGCAAGAGUGUAUUUGCGUCGGUAUCUGCAUUACGCUCAUGGUGGUCAAUUCAAUAUUUAUCCUUGUCAGGUUACGAUUCGGAAACUUAAGUCCUAUAGCGAUGGCAGCGUUUUGCGGCAUCGUAACUGCGGAUUUUGGAUCUGGAUUAGUCCAUUGGGCCGCCGAUACAUGGGGCUCUGUGGAACUUCCUAUUUUAGGAAAGAAUUUUUUGAGACCUUUUCGAGAACAUCAUAUUGAUCCCACAAGUAUAACAAGGCAUGACUUCAUAGAAACUAAUGGUGAUAAUUUUAUGGUCACAAUACCAUUCCUUUGUAAAUUAACAUGGGAUUUUUUAACACUCCCAGAGACAGAAAUUCAGCAAAAAUUUGUAUGGACUUGUUAUUGGUUUCUACUUGCAAUUUUUGUAGCAAUGACUAAUCAGAUACAUAAAUGGUCUCACACAUAUUUUGGACUACCUAGCUGGGUUGUCUGGUUACAAGAACACAGAAUUAUAUUACCCAGAAAGCAUCAUCGUGUGCACCAUGUUGCACCGCAUGAAACUUACUUCUGCAUUACUACUGGAUGGUUGAAUUGGCCGUUAGAAAAGCUUCGUUUUUGGUACAUUUUAGAAGCCAUAAUUGAAAUAACUACCGGCUGUAGACCAAGAGCAGACGAUCUGAAGUGGGCACAGAAACGAUCUUGAUUACUGUGUUUUAUUGUUUUAUGCAUUUUUAUGG